UCUGGUUUAAAUAUGAAUUAUUCCAACAUAAAUGUAUUCGUUAGUACCUAUCUAAAGAUAGAUCGCAGUUUUAAACGAAAGUUAUCCAAUAUUUGGUAUAAAAGUUGUGUGUUAGAUGAUCGUAACCAAAUAGAUUGUAUUAACCUGAGUUCUAGAUUCUUUCAUUCUUCAAACCUAAGACGACAAGUAAAAAAUGAUGGUGUUGAAGUACUUUUGUCUCCACAAGAAGUUACAGUAAUUCUACGUAAAAAUGAAUUCAACAAGGAUUUCUCUUACGGAUCUGUUAAGUCCUAUGAUUCAAAUCAGCUGCCUUCAAAUUCUCCUACUGAAGAUACCAGAUGUGAAGCACAGUGCAAGAUGACAUCUGGUUUACUAAUGGGAGUUUUUGAUGGACACGGUGGCCCUGCUUGUGCUCAAGUAAUAUCUAAGCGUUUAUUUAAAUAUAUUGCCGCCGCACUUCUACCUCAAAAUCUUUUACAAAAGUAUAAGGAACAGGAACCUCGUGAGCCAUUGAUAGAAACUUAUAAUGAUAGAGCCGAAAUUGUGCAGGAUCUCAAACUAGUCUAUGAUAAUAGUUUUAAUCUUUAUUUGAAUAAACUUCUAGCAGCUGCUAAGAAUGAUGUUAAUAUUGAAUCUUCAUUAGUUGAUGGUAUUAUGCAAUUAGAUAGUGAUCUUUCAAGAGAAGUGUUAGAUAUGUACAAAGAAAACGGUACAGUUAACCACAAGACUUUAUCAGUGGCUUUAUCGGGUGCUGUUGCUUGUUUAUCUUACAUAGAUGGACCUCAUAUGUAUGUAGCUAAUGUUGGCGACUGCAAUGCUGUUAUAGGCACUAUGGAUGAUGAUAAUAAAUGGCUUGCGAAAAAAAUUACCAAAGAACACAAUACCGAAAAUUUUGAUGAACUCAAAAGGGUUUGGAACGAACACCCUGAUGAGGAGCGUAAUACUGUUAUAAGAAGAGAUAGACUUUUAGGAGAGCUAGCGCCGCUACGAAGUUUAGGCGACUAUAGAUAUAAAUGGGAUAUUGAAACAUUAUCGCAACUGGCGGUUCCUCUGAUAGGCCCAAAAGCCAUACCUGCAAACUAUCACACUCCGCCAUACCUCACAGCUAAGCCUGAUAUAUUUUAUCACAGACUAUCACCGAAAGAUAAAUUUUUAAUAAUUGCCUCAGAUGGUUUAUGGGAUAUGAUGACACCCCUUCAAGCUGUUAAAUUAGUAGGAGAACAUAUGAAAGGAAAAGUAUUUUUUAAUCCCCUUAUGCUUCCAAAGAAGAAUAUUCAGUUGGGAGAUUUAAAUGACCUAUUAUUGCACAGAAAAGAAAGCUUGAAGAGCAAACCGAAAGACCGUAAUGCUGCUACUCAUCUUAUUAGACAUGCUAUAGGAGGUACUGAGUAUGGCGUCGAUCACUCAAGACUGGCGCAGUUGUUGAGCUUAUCGCCUGAUGUCAGUCGCAUGUUUAGAGAUGACAUUACUGUUACCGUAGCUUACUUUGACUCGGAAUACCUUAGACAGUGUCCGGCAUGAUUUUCUGUUUUAAUCUGUAUUCAUGAACUACAGUGCCUUGUAAAUUAUGUAGGUAUACUAUUUUAUGGCCAUAGUUACAGGUUAGUUAAUUUUUAUGUUCCUGAAUAUAUGAGUGAUGUAGACAUAUUUAAUAUUGUGACAAAUUAAAUUGAUUGUGAUUGAUGGGUUUCGAACGUGAA